GGCGGUGGUAAGCUCCCGCCGUGCCUCCCGGCGCAUAAAGGGAGGCGGCAGGGGCCGGCCGGGGGCAGCGGCUGGCGGCGAUGAUGGAGCAGCCGGUGCAGACGGAGAUGUGGAAGGCGCAGAGCCUGGAGGAGCUGAUCCGCAUCCUCCAUCGGAUAUUCUCUGAGGACAAAGUCAGCGUGGAGGAGGUGCAGGCGCUGAUGGAGUCGUAUGAGAGCAACCCCGAGGAGUGGCUACAAUACGCCAAAUUCGACCAGUACAGGUAUACAAGGAAUCUUGUGGAUAGCGGAAAUGGAAAGUUCAACUUGAUGAUCUUGUGCUGGGGUGAAGGUCAUGGCAGCAGUAUCCAUGACCACACUGACUCACACUGCUUCAUGAAGAUCCUCCAGGGGAAUCUGAAGGAGACUCUGUUUGAAUGGCCUGAGAAAAAAUGGAAUGGUGAAAUGAUUAAGAAAUCAGAACGCAUUUUGAGGGAAAAUCAGUGUGCCUAUAUCAAUGACUCCAUUGGCCUGCACCGUGUGGAGAACAUAAGCCAUACAGAGACUGCUGUAAGCCUGCAUUUGUACAGCCCACCCUUCGACAGCUGUAACACCUUUGAUCAGAGGACUGGACACAAGCACAAAGUCAAGAUGACCUUCUACAGUGAGUUUGGAGAAAGGACUCACGGCGUAACAAAUGAUGGCGACAGCAGUGCUGCAGGAGAACAACUGAGAAGCACCAGCAUGUGUUUGCAUAAGACCUGCUGAAUGUUUAAAUGGGGACCGAAGAUUUGCUUGGCUAAGGCCUACAGCCAGCUAUAUUUCUAUACCUUUGUACAUAGGAGUACACUAGGGCAGCUUUCAGGCCACCCAGGGGAAUGCCAGUUAUGGGACACUAAGCUAACUAGUGCCAUAAACUACUUCAGGGGUUAGAUGCCUUUUCUCAGGCUCCUGUCAGAAUUAAAUAGUUUGUUUUCUGAUUCUAGCCUCCUUUUGAUUCCACUUCUGAUACCACACUGAGAAUAUCAGAAUUAAGGUUUUUAAACAUUGUCUGACAAUACUUAAUAGGCCUCUGUGUAUGUAUACUCUCACUGUAAUUAACUAUAUAAACGUCUAAGCUUCCAGUCACUUGUACCUAUGGGUAGUACACUAGAUACAACUAACAGCAGCUGCUUUUUUUUUUUUUUUUUUAAAUUAAGUCUUUUAGAUUUUAAUGUGCUAGGCCAUUUUGACAGUUUUGUGCAUUUUUUACUUUUUUUU